UCCAGCCAUAGGAAUUAUGAUACCUUCGGGCAGAUAUCAAGGGACAUGAUAGAAAGCGGCCAUGACCAGGCCAUGCAGUGCAGGGUUAAAGUGAAGGAGCUGCGGAAUAUCUACCACAAAGCCCGCAAGGCAAACUGCCGCUCUGGUGCUGCCCCCAUGACCUGCUGUUUCUACGAAGAGCUGGACGCGAUACUUGGGGGCGACCACACCUCCACUCCAAGGACCACCAUGGACACUUCAGAGCCCAGUUCAACAAGGCAGGAGGAGGAGGAGGAGGAAAGCAGGAGCGAGGGUGCUGAGGCAGAGGAAGACACCCUGGAAUCCCAAGAUGCAUGCAGCCAGGAGCUGUUUUUGAGCCAGGAGGAAGGCAGUCAGUCAUGGUGGCCAGUGCUUGGGGAAGAACAAACACCAGAGGAGGUGCCUGAUGCAACCUUGAGAUCUCAGCAAUGACGCUUGCCUAAGUUGGCUCCUCUUUUAGGGGGACACUGACUCCUGGGGCACUCACCCCUCUGCACAGCUCAGCUGUGCUGCUGCCCUGUGUGAGCUGCUGCCAACAGCCCCUCCCCCUGCCUGCUCUGCGUGCCUACUCAGCUGUUUGCUUCUCCCUUGUUGGUUGGAGGGCCGGACAAAUGGAAGCCUUGGGCUGGAUCCAGCCCGUGGGCUGCAGUUUGGAGACCCCUGGCAUACAGAAUGGAGAACAGAGAUUCCAAGGCAAGAACCACACAGAACUCUGGGACUAGAAGAGCAGGGAAGCACUGCAUGAUGGGGGAUCUCUGCUCCAGGUGUUAAUGAACCCACCUGCACACACCCAGCUCAG